GUCGCCAUGCUGCCCAACACCGGGAAACUAGCAGGAUGCACUCUCUUCAUCACAGGCGCAAGCCGUGGCAUUGGCAAGGCCAUUGCUUUGAAAGCUGCCAAGGAUGGUGCAAACAUUGUGAUAGCUGCCAAAACAGCUGAGACCCAUCCUACUCUUCCAGGGACUAUCUACACUGCUGCAGCAGAGAUUGAAGCAGCUGGAGGAAAGGCUUUGCCGUGCAUCGUUAAUGUGAGGGAAGAACAGCAAAUUAUUAAUGCUGUGGAGAAAGCUGUGCAGACUUUUGGAGGGAUUGAUAUUUUGGUGAACAACGCAAGCGCCAUCUCCUUGACUGGCACUUUGGAAACAGAAACGAAGAAGGUCAAUCUUAUGAUGGAAGUCAAUGUACGAGGAACCUACCUCACGUCUAAAACAUGCCUUCCCUACUUGAAGAAAAGUAGGAACCCACAUAUCCUGAACCUCAGUCCACCUAUGAAUCUGAAUCCCCUGUGGUUCAAAAAUCAUUGUGCUUAUACCAUUUCUAAGUAUGGGAUGUCCAUGUGUGUCUUGGGAAUGGCAGAAGAAUUUAAAGGAGAAGUUGCUGUCAACGCUUUGUGGCCUAAAACAGCUAUACAUACAGCUGCUAUGGAUAUGCUGGGUGGAGCUGGAAUAGAAAAACAGUGCAGGAAAACAGACAUCAUUGCAGAUGCUGCAUAUUGCAUCUUAACAAAACCAAAAACUUUCACUGGAAACUUCAUUAUUGAUGAAGAUCUGCUGAGAGAAGAAGGAGUUAAGGAUUUUGAUGCCUAUGCAAUUGUGCCAGGUCAUCCCCUGAUGCCUGACUUCUUUUUGGAUCUUGAAGGUAACACAACAGACAUUAAACAGGAAAUAUAUGGUGUUUCCCAAGGAUCCAAAGAGGAGAAGAAAUUAAGUGGUUCCCAGCAGGAAGGACCAUCUGGAGCUAAGGCAUCGAGUCCUGUUGCAGAAACAUUUGGAAUUAUUCAGGGGGCAAUAAGUGAAGAGUUUGUGAGAGCCACUCAGGGGGUCUACCAGUUUGAAUUAUCUGGUGAUGAUGGAGGCACUUGGUACAUUGACCUGAAAACCAAGAGUGGGAGUGCUGGUUUUGGCAAGCCUCCUGUGACAGCUGAUGUGGUUAUGAGCAUGUCCAGUACUGACUUUGUGAAGAUGUUCACAGGUAAACUAAAGCCAACCAUGGCCUUCAUGUCAGGAAAAUUAAGGAUUAAAGGUAACAUGGCUCUAGCAAUAAAGCUCGAGAAGAUGCUAACAAAGCUGAACUCUAAACUAUGAGGGUAAACCCUCACUAGCAGAUCAGUGGCCUUUCGUAUUUGACUGCAAUAUGUUUUAAAAUGAUAAUCCUUGUUCUUUUCUGAUGUAAUAUAACAAAUAUAAAAUGUGAUAGUAAGAAGGAUAAGCUGAGAAAACCCAGAAAACCUGCUGAUGGACAAGGAGACAUUCUCCUUCCUUGCUGAUCCUGGGAUGGAAGAACUUUCAGUAUUUUGUGGCUCACAGUCUAGAACUCCUGGGAUUUCUCUGAACUCUUUUGUGAAUAGGAAGAACACAAAAGUUUUUAUUAACCCAUACACUGAAAUUUUAGGAACGAGUGUAGCCUCAGAAAGAAUCCAGUCAAUCUGUUGGAUUUAUCUAGUCUGUGUUUGCUAAAUGUGCACUGCUUUUACAGAAGAGCUUGGUAGGAAAGUAACCUGGAAAGUAAUCUGGUUUGUUUCUCCUCCCCAGAAAUGUGAGUUAUAUGGUCUUGUCUCAGCUAAAAUCAGUCAUAAUGUAAUAAUUUAAUUAAAUUACAGCACAAAGCAUCUGAUGCAAUUUAGCCCUCUUACUGAGUUUUUCUGGCUCCAGAAAAGGUUUUUACUGGUGAAGUAUUUGUUGGACAAGAGACAAUGUCACAACUUUCAUAAUGUAAAUUACUGCACUGCUUUGUAAGUGAGGUUUCUGCAUUUGUUGCUAUUCAAAAUGGUUCUGAACCUUCUUUAAUAAAACUUCAAAAUGGAAU